AUGACAUCGCAACAGAAAGUGGUCGCGGACCACUCUCGGAGUCCGCCCUGGGGGGUGGCCAUAUUGCGGCGUCCCGGACAACGCCUUAGGCUGGUGGCCCUCUUCGAACGCAAGGUGCAGCACCUGGAUGCCGCACCCAGCGGCGUCAGCCUGGGCCCCGUCGCCGCGGAGCCGGUGUCCGCACCAAGCGUCGCGCGGUCCAGCGAGGGUCCGCAGGAGCCGGCAGGUCAUGAAGCUCCUCCAGAGGUACAGGCUGCGCCACCUCAAGAGGACGAGAAAUAUGCGGUGUACCGGCGAAUGCAUCGAACGGGCGUGCCGCUGCUUGCCAUUCGACAGAAGCUGCUCUUAGAUGCCUUGCAGGACCCAACCCUAGAUGUGGCCGUCCUAGACACCUUCGACGGUGCCGCCGGCACGGGUGCCGGCGCGCCAGCGCCCAAAACGGCGCCAGCGCCAGCGCCGAAACCGAAGGAGGUGGCAAUUGAGGAGCCACCACCACCGGCGCCAGCAGCACCUGAAGAGGAACCAUCCCCGGCGCCAGCAGAACUUCCGGCUCCAGGUGGUGGUGGUCCAAUCAACCUUGCAGCAGCGGCCGCGGCCAUGGCGCAACGACGCAUGAGCCGCGUGGCGGCCAAAGUGGAGGGGUCGGAGCCAGGAGAGCCGAAGGCGCCGACAGAAGCUCCUGCCGUGCCCAAAGGGGGACCUCCAAAGGCGAAACCCAAGGCAAUGCCAAAGGCAGAAGAGCCUGCAGCUGCACCGGCUGCACCGGCCGCACCGGCCGCACCGGCUGGGCCCAUCGAGGGCACCGCACCCAAGGCGCCGGUGCGCACACCUCCGCCACCGCCCAAGGCCAAAGCCUCAGCGAUGUCACCAGAGGCUGCUCUGAGGUUGCGCCGUUCCGUGGUGGCACAGGUGCAAGAGGAUGACGCACAGUCGGACGUUAGCGACUUCUGA